GUGAAUUUUUCGACAUUAGGGUUUUCUACCCAACGCACAGAGCAACCGCUCAGCCCAACUAUCCACAGCUGACACUAACCAUGAGUCGGAGAAACGACGCGUAUAUGGCCAAUUCAUUCUCCCCCUUGGUAUUCUCCUCAACUGGAGUAAUGGGUGAAGAAGCCAGAAUUGUGUUCAAGAGGAUAGCAUCACUCGCAUUCUUGAAGAAAGACACCCCAUAUUCCAGUGCAAGUGCAAGGAACCUAGAGAGUAGAAUACCACAAAUUUGUGAGUAGUGUAUCUUGAGAUUGGAACAUUUCUAUGCUGAUACCAUUGGGCUUCUAAAUCAUGUAGAAACUUCCUAAGCUAUAAGUGACAGUGAGAGAACUGAUUUUAAAGUAGGUUUCUCUGGGCGCGAACACUAAGCUAUAAGUGACAGUGACAAGUGAUUUUCGACUAGUCUACACCUCUGAGUCUACACUGCGAUGGCUACAAACACUCCUUGUAUCAUAUGCGAGAAGGUCAUCAAAGACAGAGAUGUGAAAACCAAAGCCAAAGGUCAGGAUUCAGUUCUAUGUGAGGGCAUCUGCCAGGGCUGGAUGCACAGGACGUGUGCUGGGAUUCCUAAGCCUGUUUUUCAAGCUGUUUCUUCUUCAAGUUCUCCUUUCUUGUGUCUGUACUGUAGAAACUCAAAGCAUGAGGAAGAUAUCUCUGUCCUAGAGAACACAAUUAAGGACCUGAAGGGCGAAAUUAUCAAUUUGAAGUUAAAGAUAUCUCAAGAAAGCCAGCCAGCUGCCAUUCUGCCACCUGACAUACCCAGUUUUGCUGAUGCUCUCCAAACCAAUCUACCAACUACUAUGGGUGGGUCAACGCCUAUUAGGCCCUCAAUUUCUGAGGAUCGCAAAUAUAACAUUGUAGUUUAUGGUAUCAAAGAAUGUGCUAAAGGCUCCACGAGACACACCCGUUUAUCCAAGGACACUGAUGCUGUAUCCUCGUUGAUAUCGAAAGUCGAUGCUACUAUCCCUGAUUAUUCUAUACGUGACUGUAUAAGACUAGGAAAAUACGUUGAAGAAAGGUGUCGACCAAUUUUGGUCAAGCUGACUCGUGCGUGCCAGGCUUCAUCCAUUCUAGCUGGCAGGAAAAACCUAAGUAAAUCCACUGGAGUCUGGAUCAAACAUGAUAUGACCCCAUCUGAAAGAUCCAUCGACGCUAUCCUACUCAAGAAGAGAUGGGAACUCAUUCAGUCAGGAACUGAUAGAGGCAACAUAAAGAUUAAAGGUAACAAAAUUUUUGUUGGGAAUAAGAACUAUGGCUCUGUUAUUAACUCUGCAUUCACACUUAAUGUCUCCCCAUCGUCUGGCAUAGAGCAACCAACCUCCGCAGCAGGGGAAGCCCCCCCUAGCGAUCCCCUUGACUUCAACUCUGUGGAUGAAGAUUCCAGCGCAGGAACACCCCCUAGGGGUAACCAAUCUAAUUGAC